UUCACUCAAAGGACAUUUAAAUGGCUACACUGUAUAGCACCUACUGUAUAUUGGAUCGCACAAUACGAAUAGUAACAUUGUUUAUAUGUACGUUGUAACAAACCGCGCUUGAGUCGACUGCUUUGCAACUGCGUUGUAAUUUGGACCCGAAUCUAUUUGCUGUGUACCCGUUGGAACAGUCAAAAUGAACGAGGAGGAAGACUUUUUGCAGAAAACAAGGCAGGGGUUUGAAGAUCUCUGUCGAGCUUUGAAUAUGGACGAGGAGGCGAGCAACGAAGCAUGGAAGAGCUACGAAAACAUAAGCAAAAAUUACACAUUAGAGGGCAGUGAGCUACACUGGUUAGCCUGUGCUCUCUAUGUGGCCUGCAGGACAGCCAUACCAACGGUGGGUAAGGGCACCGCGGAGGGAAACUAUGUCUCUCUGACCAGGAUCCUCAGCUGUUCAGAACAAAGCCUCAUUGAGUUCUUUAACAAGAUGAAGAAAUGGCAGGACAUGGCAAGUCUGCCCCAAGACUUUUGCCAGAGCACGGAGAAGCUGGAGAGGAAUUUCACAAUUUCCGCCGUCAUCUUCAAGAAAUAUAUCCCCAUAUUCAAAGCCAUCUUUAAGGCACCCUCUGACGACCCACCCAGAGUCCACAGGAGCCGCAAACAAAGGCGCCAUCCCUGCACCGUCGCUGAAGUCUUCAACUUCUGCUGGAUUCUGUUUGUCAACGCUAAAGGAAACUUCCCUAUGAUCAGUGAUGACCUGGUAAACUCAUACCACCUGCUGCUGUGUGCUCUGGACCUGGUUUUCUCCAACGCUCUGCUGUGUAACACCAGGAAGGAGCUGCUCAACCCCAACUUCAAAGGCCUUCCUGAGGACUUCAACAGUAAGGACUACAAGCCUACUGCAGGGCCUUACUGCUUCAUAGAACAGCUGUGUGAACUGCAUGAUGGCCUGGUGCUGGAGGCCAAGGGGGUCAAGGAACACUUCUGGAAACCGUUCAUCAAGAGGCUCUUCCAUAAGAAGAUUCUCAAAGGGAAAGAAGAUAGCUUGACUGGCUUCUUCGAUCCUAUGAAUUUUGGAGACAGUUUUGCGUCCAUGGGGCGUGUGUACGAGGAGCAUGUUCUAGCCACAGGGGGUCUGGAUGAGAGGAUCUUCCUGGGAGAGGGGGCCAAUGAAGACAUUGGCACACCAGGCCCCUGUCUCUGUGUGGGAGUAAAGAACCAGGACGCCUCCGCAUACAGACUCUACAGCAGUCUGACUGCCUCGGCCUUGAAGGUGUCUACUCCCCUGACGGGUCUUAAGUAUGUCCAGGACAACUGUCUGGGCACGCCGGUAUCUACAGCCAUGCAGAGUGUUGGCCGUCUCCACAGCCUGCUCACAGGACUCAAACACCGCCCCAGUGGCAGACUCACAGACUUACUGAGGGCGUGUGCCAGAGACCCAAGUGAGAACAUCUCCACUAGGCUGAAGGACAUGUGCCAGGUCUUUUGUCAGCACUUUGAGGGCAAAGGGGAGGAGAACGCAGGACUGGGGAAAGACAUUGCAGUGAAGUACUUCCGCCUGGCGGAGGCGCUCUACUAUAAAACCCUGGAGGCCGUCAUUGACCAGGAGAAGGAGAGACUGGGCGACACGGACCUCUCUGGUAUUCUGGAGCAGGAUGUGUUCCAGCGCUCUCUGCUGGCCUGCUGUCUAGAGAUUGUCAUCUUCUCCUACCGACCCCCAGGGGACUUCCCACGAGUCAUACACAUCUUCCAGCUCCCCGCAUACCACUUCUACAAGGUGAUUGAGGUGCUGGUACGGGCAGAGCAGGGCUUGUUCAGGGAGGUAGUGAAGCAUCUCAACCAGGUGGAGGAGCAGGUCCUGGAGAGCCUGGCCUGGAGGGGGGGGUCCCCGCUGUGGGACAGCGUCAGGGAGGCCAAGAACCAGCCACCAGCCUGCCAGGAGGUGAUGCCACCGCAGCACCUGGAGGAUGGGAACGGAGACAGCAGUGCUGGCAGUGCCCCUCUCUUCCCUAACAACCAUGGCACUGACCUAAGCACCAACAGUGGUGGGAAAGGUGUUUCUCCCUCUCCCACCACCCUGUUGGACCGCUACAGCUCCCCGCCCACGGGCUCGGCCAGGAGACGGCUGUUUGUGGACGCUUCCUUCGAUACCCCAUCGGACCCCUCCUCCACCACCACCACCACCACCGUCAGGACCUCCCAGGCCAUCGUCACCACCACCAUCCCUGCCGGACAGACAGUGGUCACUAUGGCAACGGCCACGGUUACCGCUAACAACGGACAGACGGUCACCAUACCUGUGCAAGGAAUAGCCAAUGAGAAUGGGGGCAUCACCUUCAUCCCUGUCCAGGUGAGUGUGACGGGACAAGGCACGGCCAUGCUCCAGCCCCUGUCUGCCCAGUCCCUGACUGGCACUUUGACCAGCCAACCACAGACCACCACCACCCUGAACAGUCCUGCCCCACAGGGCAGCCCCGCCACCAGUAAACCAAUCAAGAAGCUGGCAGCCCAGGUCCUGUCCACUAACAAGCCUCAGAAAAAGGGUUCCCUUUCGCUGUUCUUCCGCAAGGUGUACCACAUGGCCAGUGUGCGUCUGAGAGACUUGUGUGCCAAGCUGGACAUCUCUAGUGAGCUGAGGAGGAAGAUCUGGACGUGUUUUGAGUAUUCCCUGGUGCAAUGCACAGAGCUCAUGAUGGACCGACACCUAGACCAGCUCCUCAUGUGUGCAGUUUACGUCAUGACCAAGGUGACCAAAGAGGACAAGUCUUUCCAGAACAUCAUGAAGUGCUACCGCUCUCAGCCCCAGGCCAGCAGCAGCGUCUACCGGAGUGUGUUGAUCUCUGGGAAGAAGAAACGUCUCUCGGGCAGCAGUGUGGGAAACACACAGAGCUCUCCCACAGACAACAGCCAGAAGCAGGGGAGUGGAGACAGCAGCCCGGUGCCCAUGUGUUCCACCAGCACCCUACCUGCCUCGCAGCCUGGCAGCAUUCCUUCCACCCCCACCCUGGACCCCUCCACCUCCUCAUCCCUCCCUCCCUCCCAGGAGCAGGAUAAGGAGGGGGGAGUGGUGGGGGAGGAGGAGCGAGGAGACCUCAUCCACUUCUACAACCGGGUCUACAUCAAACAAAUGCGUCACUUUGCCCUCCGCUACUCGCCCAGUUCGCCCUCUGCAGGGGUGCAGUCUCCUCCCCUGUGCCCGUACCCCUCCCUGAGGACCAGCUCCCCUCGCAGGGUCCUCCUGUCCCACAACCACUCGAUCUACAUCUCCCCCCACAAGACUACUGGAAGCCCCCCCACCCCCUCCACUACCGCACGGGACAAGAUCUUCUACUACAUCUGCAGCAGCCCAUCCAAUCGCCUGGCGGAGAUCAACAGUAUGAUCCGCACCGGGGAGACGCCCACCAAGAAACGCAGCAUGCAGCUUGAGGAAGAGCCAUCGCCCAAGAGGGUGUGUCCGGACAACCAGACGGCCCUGCUCCGCAGAUUACAGGACGUGGCCAACGACCGUAGCACCUCCCACUGAGGCAGGAGACAACCCCUUCAGACCACACCACAGGCUGAAGUCGCUAGUCACUAGAUGGUCAUGAUAGAAAGGAACAUUUUGGCAAGAUAAUAAAUAUCAACAUUUUAUGAGCAUAUAUUUAUUUUUCACUUAGGGGUAAGGACAGGCGUAAGGUUAGGGGGAGGGUUCAGUUGUUAGUGUUCAUGGUCAGUGGUUGGUAGUUCUUAUGAUUUGUGUCUAGAAAGUACCAUACUUCUGUCCAUGGCCAGAUUGUGAUGAACGACUCAAUUAUUUUAUCACCAUGGCAAUAAGACUUGUUGGUUGUUUUAACAACAAAACCGAUGUGUGCGCGAUUAUGGUGCAGAACAGACGGGGUUGGCUUAAUUGUUGACAUGUCAACUAUAUUCUGUCUCCAAUGUUUAUUGAAAACAUAUAUACAGUUGAAGUCGGAAGUUUACAUACUUAGGUUGGAGUCAUUAGAACUCGUUUUUCAACCACUCCACAAAUGUAUUGUUAACAAACUAUAGUUUUGGCAAGUCGGCAUGACACAAGUAAUUUUUCCAACAAUUUUUUACAGACAGAUUAUUUCACUUAUUCACUGUAUCACAAUUCCAGUCGGUCAGAAGUUUACAUACACUAAGUUGACUGCGCCUUUAAACAGCUUGCAAAAUUCCAGAAAAUGUUGUCAUGGCUUUAGAAGCUUCUGAUAGGCUAAUUGACAUCAUUUGAGUCAAUUGGAGGUGUACCUGUGGAUGUAUUUCAAGGCCUACCUUCAAACUCAGUGACUCUUUGCUUGACAUCAUGGGAAAAUCAAAAGAAAUCAGCCAAGACCUCAGAUAAAAAAACUGUAGACCUCCACAAGUCUGGUUCAUCCUUGGGAGUAAUUUCCAAAUGCCUGAAGGUACCACGUUCAUCUGUACAAGCAAUAGUACGCAAGUAUAACGCGUUCUGACGCUUUCUGUCUCCUAGAGAUGAACGUACUUUGGUGCGAAAAGUGAAAAUCAAUCCCAGAACAACAGCAAAGGACAUUGUGAAGAUGCUGGAGGAAACGGGUACAAAAGGAUCUAUAUCCACAGUAAAACGAGUCCUAUAUCGACAUAUCCUGAAAGGCCACUCAGCAAGGAAGAAGCCACUGCUCCAAAACUGCCAUUAAAAAAAAGACUACGGUUUGCAACUACACAUGGGGACAAAGAUCAUACUUUUUGGAGAAAUGUCCUCUGGUCUGAUGACACAAAAAUAGAACUGUUUGGCCAUAAUGACCAUUGUUAUGUUUGGAGGAAAAAGGGGGAGGCUUGCAAGCCAAAGAUCACCAUCCCAACUGUGAAGUACUGGGGUGACAGCAUCAUGCUGUAGGGGUGCUUUGCUGCAGGAGGGACUGAUGCACUUCACAAAAUAGAUGGCAUCAAGAGGAAGAAAAAUUAUGUAUGUAUAUUGAAGCAACAUCUCAAGACAUCAGUCAGGAAGUUAAAACUUGGUCACAAAUGAGUCUUUCAAAUGGACAAUGAUCCCAAGCAUACUUCCAAAGUUGUGGCAAAAUGGCUUAAUGUCAACAAAUUCAAGGUAUUGGAGUGGCCAUCACCGAGCCCUGACCUCAAUCAUAUAGAAAAUUUGUGGGCAGAACUGAAAAAGCGUGUGCGAGCAAGGAAGCCUACAAACCUGACUCUGUUACACCAGCUCUGUCUGGAGGAAUGGGCCAAAAUUCACUCAAUUUGCUUGUGGAAGUCUAAAUAAUAAUUGAGUAUAUGUAAACUUCUGACCCACUGGGAAUGUGAUGAAAUCAAUAAAAUCUGAAAUGAAUAAUUCUCUCUACUAUUAUUCUGACAUUUCACAUUCUUAAAAUAAAGUGGUGAUCCUAACUGACCUAAGACAUUGAAUUUUUACUUGGAUUAAAUGUCAGGAAAAACAGUUUAAAUGUAUUUGGUUAAGGUGUAUGUAAAUGUCCGACUUCAACUGUACAUUUGCACAAUGAGCACUUGUUGUCUCUCAAAUGCAUUGUUAGUUGUUGGUUACCUAGCUAGUAAAUUUUAGCCAUAGACACCUCAAAACAAGACAUCCAAGAACAAAUUAAAAGUAGCUGAUACAAGCCACCUACGGUUCCCCACAUGGCAGCUUCUUGUCAUUGUUGCUAUCUAUCUGGCCAUCCAGAAUCACAGCACCACACAUACAUUUUCUUGAUAUCAGCUAACCCAUUUAUAUAUUUCUACACAUAUCCAGAGUCAAAUAAAUGUAUUUUGUCUAAAUACACAGCAAAAACAGAAUGGACUGUCAGUGUUGUGGUGCUUUGCAAAUUUGCAUAUAUGGUGGAGUAUGCUUCAAAAGUCUAUUCUAAUAAAUAUUGUUACUAACUUG